AUAUCGCAUCAUUUCCUCGUCGUUUGUAGCGUUUAUAAAAUUAUUAUAUGCUACCAACUGUGGAUACUUUGAAACUUUGAAUCGACGAACAUGUUUCAGCACGUGCUCCUCGUGCUAGGAGUUGCAGCCUCCACCGCCCUAGGAUGCCAGUUUGACUACCAGAAGUCGCAGUUCUACUGGAAGAACGAGGUUAACAUUUGCACGGACGACCUUUGCAAGACAUACGACUACCUUAAAUGCGGCGUGUCAAAAGAAUACAUCUUCGACCAAGCUGUCGGCCAUACACCCGAAGAUAUUCUUUACGAGAUUGAAGCGAUGAAGAAGUACUUCGAUACCUUUAUUCCAACACCAACUAACUCGUUACCAUACAAAUGCGACGGCGUUUGCUCCAAGAACAUGCGUUCCAUCCAGCUGCAGCGAAUAUUCACUAAGGUAAACGUCAAGAACCCUGACACCGGCGCCUACUAUCCGGAAAACCGGAUGUGCAUCGUCAUCGGCCCGGAUAUAUACUACCAGCAGUGCGGGGGUCAUUGUGACGUCCCCGACUACACCGACCGUUACUGCCUCCCGGAUCUCUCGGUGAGGGUGAAACUUUGGGUUUACUGUCCGGAUGUGACACCGAGCUGCCACAAAGUGGACUUCGAUAUCCCGCUCUCGUGCACGUGCAAGAAAAUCACAUGUCAGGAUCCCUUCCCUGUUGGUCCAUUUCAACUCCCGUCCCCGCUGCUGCCACCGCCGCCACCGACUUGGGUUCCAGGAAAAGGUGGCAUCAAUACCGUCGGGGUUUUGCAACAUGGCACCCCGCUUGGAGCGGCAAGCUGGAAAAAGCCAUAAUCUUGGACUAAAUGUAUUGAUUGUUUGCGGUUUGCGAAAUUGUGUAUACAAUUGUUUUUGUUAUAUUUUUCCGUUGUUAAUGGUAACAUUAAAUUUUGAUUUUAGAAAAAGCUGACUAUACCUGAUACAGUAUGUUAUCAAUAUGUAUCAACUGUCAUGACUGAUAUUGGCCUGUUCGUGUUUGUGUUUCUUUUGUUUGUUUAAUAAACUUUACAUUCAUA